AUGAGAAGGUAUUUCAAUCAGAAGCCAGAGAAGUUGGCUAUGCUGAUAACAAAGUAUCAGAAUCGCAGUGGAUUCUGUCAUCGUGAUCUGUUUCGUCUAUGUCACAUCCGUCCAUUGAUGUCGUUCCCGAAAGAACAUGCAUAUUGGCAGCAUCACAAAGAAUACGAUUUCAUACUCGCCUAUGUUGUUGGAGAUACUGAAGAAGCGCGUAAGCGUAAGGCAGUAGAAGGCGAAGGUGAUGCGGGAAAGAAGCGAAAAACUGAGAACUUGAAGCCGGAAACAGAAGAAGAACGCAAGAAGAGAGAGGAAAGACAACAAGCGCAGAUCCAAAGGCAGAUGGCAAAAUUGAAACUGAUUGAAAGCAAUAAGAAAUUAAUCAGUGACCUGAAACGGGCAGAUGCACCGGAUGCCGAAGGAACACAAGUGGCCACUUUAAUCUGGGCUGUGGAAGAGAUCAAACAAGUGACGGAUCCGCAUAAAGCAGCCGAUUUGAUUCGAGGAUGUGGUGCGUUUUGGUUGAAUAUCUUUCAAGAGCUUUUAAUAGGGCAAUUAACAAGUGAAGAAGCACUCCAUCAGGCUAGAAUUCAUCCGAUGAAUGUGCUCUUAGCAUCAGCAGUGUACAAAUCAGGUGGUGGAUUCAGAGGGAAACUCCGCUGGGAUACGAACGAAAAGAUCUCAGAAGCUUUGGAGAAGGCAUUCAUUUUAUCGUUCAAAAAUGUGACACCAUCAAAUAAACGUUUCUGUUUGGCGCUUGAUGUCUCGGGUAUAGUGAUUUGA